AUGCCUAAGCCGCCCCAGAGACGCUACCAUGGCAAUAGUGAGAGUGAAAUUCCUCCUAAGUCUCUUCCCUUCUCUCGCUCGCAGAAGCGUUCGAUACCAGAGGCUGCCCCGCCGAAGAUGCCUGUUGAGAGUGCACCGCCCACGGAGGGAAAGAAACGAUCUCGCCUGGACGCGAUCAAAUCAAAGCUCAGUUUCAAGGAUCUUCACAAGGAAGCAGUCAACUGUGACAAGAGAGCUCCUCCACUGCCCCGCCCAUCAUCUUCCGAAAAGCAGGAUGUCGCCAAUAUCACGGCUUCCGGACCUUCUACCACACCUGCAGUGACUGCGACUACCCGCUUGCAGCACAGCACUGCAUCCAGCAGACUCCCAACGCUCUUGCCAGUUACUGGAACCAGAAAGAAUGUUGGUAGUAGUGAUAAAACGACUGUCGUCGAUCCAACCGCACGGCCCAAGUCCAAAAUCCCCACGUCUCCCUCAAAUCUUGAAGUCUCUGGUCCGGAGAAAUCACCGGUCAUCAGUAAAAUUUCCCCAGCUGACUAUCCAUCAACCGAAGAAUUGCCACCAAAGCUUAGAGAUCUCACUGGGGGCUCUGGCAGGGUCAAAUAUCUUCCAAGAUCCUGGGUUGAGAGCUCCCCACCCUCAACCCUUUCGCCAACCCCGGGGCUCAUACAUCCAGCUUAUCUUCCACGCUCUGAGGAGUCAUCAGCCCCAAAUACGCUGUCGCAAGUAACCCCAGGGAUUGAAACAUCGCUUGCAAGCCCGAAAUCACAAGAGACUGGGGAACUUAGUCCGUAUGCUGCUGAGGUCGCCAAAGUGGUCAAAGCCGUUCAGCGGCAGACAGAUAUGAAGAUCAGCAAGCUGAGUAUGAACGUCUCAGAGCUAUCGACCUGGAAACAAAAUCAGCUUGACCACAGAGCUGUGGAAGUUGAAGACAUCAAGCGUACAAAUGCCGAGCUUAUCUCCAGAGUGGCGGUGAUCUCGGAGGGAAUUCGGAAGUCGAGGCUAAGUGCAGAGCUCGAUCUCGCUAAGACAACCCAACGAGUGAAACAUCUGGAAGAGAGGCUAGCCAUGGCAGACAGAGAGGAUAUUGAACCACUCAAAAAGACUGUGAUGCAGCUUAUCGAGAAGACCGAUGCCAUGAGUGAUCGAUAUCGAGACAGUCCUGCCAAUCUUUCUAAGUUCAUGGACACUUGCGAGAAGAAGCUCACGAAGAUGGAAAACGAUAUUGCGCAGCUCCAAAAGGAACAAAUGAGGCUCUCUUCGCCCCCUACCAAAUUCAGUUCUUUCUCGAGCGAACGUAGCGGUCUCAGCUCUGAUUCACGUCAGGUUUCGAUAUCUCGACUGUCCCCACUCCCGCGUUCGAUGACUGGUGUUUUGCCAUCGCAUAAAAAUGCGAAGAGUCGUCCGCCCACAAAGAAGACAGGCUCGAUCUUUCCUCGCAGCUUAUCGUUCAAAGGUCGAAAGGAAGGUUCUCCGCCAAUAGCCAGCGCCCCAGGCAGCUUCAGUCAGCCCCGGAGCAGAGCCAGCAGCGCCGAAGAGCCUAAACGCCUCAAUCCCCUGGUUUCGGGUCGGCGUGACACUGACAGCAUUGGCUCAAGUCAUUCUGCAGGCAAGUUCUCCUGGAGAGCGCGAUUUUUGCGAGAUGAGCAGCGUGAUCAUAGCGAGCGUACCUACACGUCAUCCGUGCCUCUGCCACCAGAAAGCAACACGAGCUUCGAUACAGAACACAGUCUUUGGGCGCUUGGGGUCUCAUCCACGAGCGAGAGCCAGUCGCAAUACACGGAGGUGAGGAAUGAAUCCUUAACAGAACCAUCAAGCCCAAUUUAUGCUCCAGGUAUGGCUUCUCUGCCUAAUCUUCCUGACCUACCUGACCUGCCUGACCUGACAGAUCUGCCUGAUCUGCCUGAAACACCGUAUCCCUAUGCUGAGCGAACGAGAAGUAAUUCUGCGUCUUUCAUUCCUAGCCGAGAUCCUCCGCCGGUGCCCAAUCGCACAUACGGAGGGUCGUUUUCUUCCAGUUGGCACCCUACUGACUCCAACUUGCCCGAAACCAUUCAACAAAUCCCUUCGGCUGACCAAUCGACUGAGGAUCUACAUCAGCGACGGGUUCCCAAAGCGCAUGACAACAGGAAACAGGAUUAG